CUCGCCGCGCCGGGCUGCAGGCUUGAGAGCCGCUCUGGAUGGGCUCGCUAGAGUCGUUGUUGUGGAAGCGGUGCAUUUACAGUGCAACAGUCAGCACAUUGAAAAUACCAAUAGGAAUACAAAACAAAGUCACAUUUACUGAUUUAAUUGUAUUGCAUUCAAUUGUAUCCAGGAAACAGCCUCCAACCAUGGACGUGCACGGCGGCCGCCGACUUGGCGCUCGGCCGCCCGCCGAGAAGCCCAGUCCUCCGGCGUGCUGACGGGCACGCUUCCCCUGCCGCCGGUGACCCCGGACACCGCCUCUUCCGCGCCACCCGCGCGCCACCCGCGCGUCUAGUCGCCCCUGGGCCCCGGCCACGCUGCUCCCAGGAGGCAGCGGCUGGCCGGGGCCGGGGCAGGGGCCGGGGCCGGGCAUGGAUGGCCGAGACUUUGCACCGCCGCCGCAUCUCCUGUCUGAGCGCGGGAGCCUGGGCCACCGCGGCGCUGCUGCCGCGCGCCUGGCCCCGGCCGGUCCCACUGGCCAGCCUUCCGCGCACUUCCAGCCGGGGAAAUACUUCCCGUCACCGCUGCCCAUGGCUUCACACACAGCUAGCAGCCGCCUGAUGGGAAAUUCUCCAGCGUCCUCUUUUAUGGGCAGCUUCCUCACCAGCAGCCUGGGCUCAGCAGCUUCCACACACCCAACUGGCCCCACCUCCACCCCCUCCGAGCAGGCCUACCGCGGCUCUCACCCCAGCACCUCCCAGAUCUGGUUCUCCCACUCCCAUGAAGCUCCUACAUACCCCAGAUUUUCAGGGAGUCUGGCAUCCACUUUUCUACCCGUGAGCCACUUGGAUCACCAUGGAAACAGUAAUGUUCUCUGCGGGCAGCAUCGUUUCUAUGGAACCCAAAAAGAUAACUUCUACCUGCGCAACCUGCCCCCCCAGCCCACACUCCUGCCUGCCAAUCACAACUUCCCUGGUGUGGCCCGGGGUGCACCUGCUCACCCCAUCGGCUCCUGCAGCCGGGACCGGGGUGAGGCCGGCCCCUCUCAGAAAGGCACCAAGGAAUUUGACAGCUUCCUCGUGGGCAAAGAAAUGGGCAAAGAGAAGACCAGCAAGGUGGCAGAGGGCAGGGAGCGACCAGUAGCAGAGGAGGACAGCAGUAAGGAGCGGCACAAGCUGGUGUCCAUGCCAGCUGACGGGCCCUGCAAAGAGGGUGGCCCAAUGCCCCGGGGCUCCUGUGAGGGCCGUCCCAAACACCCCACCUCUUGCCUCCUCAAUGCCAAGGUGCUCAAUGGUGACCUGGGCAAGGCCCCGUUGGCCAGCUGCACUGGGAGUAUGCUGGGCCGGCCUGGCGCCAGCGUGGCAGCUUCUGGACGCUGUACCAAGGAAUCAGUGGGUCACACAGAGCCUGGGGCAGCCUUCAGCGAGUGCCUGGAGCGGCGGCAGAUGCUACACCAUGCAGUGUCCUACACAGUGCCAUCCGGCCUGCCCACCGGCCCACCCCCGCCCCUCAGCACGGCCUCUGGCUCUUUCCCCUGCCUGCAGCUGCACACAGGCCCAGAUGGGCUCUGCCCACUGCAAGACAAGGUCCCUCGAGACCUCAAGGCCAGCAGGCCCACCUUUGUGCCUUCUGUGGGACACCUGGCUGACAAGAGCCGUCCCUUGCCGGCGGCUGAGGCCUGUGCUGUGGUCGGGGAGGGCAAGGACCGACACCUAGACGGGGCCAUGGGCCCUGACCACAUUGCGCCCUAUGGAGUCUCCUACGCCCACCUGAAGGCCGAGAGCAAGGUUGAACGGCGGCCUGGGGGCUUUGAGGCAGCCCUCAACCCCCGACUAAAGGGUCUGGAGUAUCUCAGCACUGGCCCUGAGGCCCCCUUUCCUGGACUCCCCAAAGCCAGUCUGGAUAAAAGCAGCUACUUUGAGUUGCCUGCCCCUUCGCAGGACUGUGCUCGGCCCCCUCACCAGGACACACUAGGCGGGAAGGCCACCCAAGCCUGCUGCACUUUAGACAAAACCGUCAACAAGGAGGCUCCCACUGGUGCCCCUGGGGCCCAGAAGGUGGCCCGGAUCAGGCAUCAGCAGCACUUGGUGGCUCCUGAAGUCGAGCCAGGGGGCAGCACAGCUGAGGCCAAGCGCAAGUCCCUGGAGCUGGCAUCUCUGGGGUAUGGUGGGCCCCACCUCCCCCCCUGGAGCAUCCAGGCAGGCCAGGCCACCACUAUGGCCAUCAGUGAGGAGCGCAAAGGCAGUGCCUACCUGGACCCUUUUGGCAGUGGCCUGCAGCAGGCAGCUCUCCUGCCCCAGGAGCUGCCUACCCCACCAGAUGAGGUCUCAGCCAUGAAGAACCUGCUUAAAUACAGCAACCAAGCCCUCGUGGUGGGGCAGAAGGCUCCCUUUGUGGGUCUAGGUGGCCUCAAAGCCAGCUGUGUCCAGCAGGAAGUGAAGUUUCCAGCCUCCAAGGGCCCAGGCUCAGUGGAGAGACCUGACUGUGCCCGCAGCCGGGAGCACGACACCCCACACGGAGAUGGGGAGGUGCGGCAACCACCUGUGGGCAUCGCAGUAGCCUUGGCCCGGCAGAAAGACACAGUGAGCCGGCCUGAGACAACCUAUAGCACCAACAAUGGGCGGCAGGGCCGGGCAGUCCCCGCCUUCAAAGCUGGCGGGGGACCACGUACCACACACACUUUGGACCUGGAGAGCGAGGAAGAGAGGACACGGCUGUGUGAUGACCGCCUGGGACUGGCUGGCCGCGAGUUGCUGCUACAGGACAACAAAGACCUCGUGGAAUUUUCCCGGAUCCAUCCAUCAAGCAGCUGCCCUGGAGACCUGGCCCCCCACCUCAUGAUGCAGGGCAGCCAGCUGGGAGGGGACCCAGCCCCCCACCCCCAUCCUGCUCACCCCCCCUGGCUGCCCCGUACCCGCAGCCCCUCCUUGUGGAUGGGGGGACAUUCCUAUGGCCUGGGGCACCCUGCCCUGCACCAGAACCUGCCCCCUGGCUUCCCUGCCUCUGUGCCCGGCUCCAUGCCCUCUGUGUUCCCGCUCCCCCAGGACCCCCCUGCACAGCUUGUGAUCUUGCCCUCGGAGCCCACACCCCACACAGCCCCCCAUGCGCUUGCGGAUGUCAUGGACCAGGCCUCGCUGUGGCCCCCCAUGUAUGGGGGCCGUGCGCCGACUUCCCACAUGCAGCACCCUGGCCAGCUCCCUGUGUAUUCCCGCUCCCAGCUGCUACGGCAGCAAGAGCUAUAUGCCUUGCAACAGCAGCAGCAGCAGCAACAGCAGCAACAGCAGCAGCAACAGCAGCAGCUGCAGCAGCAACAGCAGCAGCAGCAGCGGGCCACCCAGGCCCUGGAGAUGCACCGGGCCACCCAGUUCCAGCGGAAAUCUGAGGACAACCACCUGGACCUGGAAGAGCCCACCCAGGAAAAGGCCCCGAAGUCCACCCACAAGCCAGUUGCCUUAACCCCCAUGGCCAAGGGCACCCCCUCGCCCAUUGCUGCAGGCCAGGUCAAGCUUUCCCCUUGCUGUCACUCGCCUGCCCUAAAGCCCCCGGCCAGCUGCCCCACACCACCACCUCAUCCCAGUGCUCCCUGCACUUUAUCCGUUUGCCCUGCCAGCAGCCCUGGGCCCAGCUCUAAGGUGCCUAGUGCUGAGGACAAGAGUGGGGAGUGCCAGCGGGCCGGAGCUGACCUCACAGCGUUGGAACCAGACCUGCCUCCUGGACACCUGCACCCUAUGGCGGGCAUGGGCUUCUCCUCCCUGCCCUCAGAUGUGCACUCAUCUGACCUCUCGGGCCCCAAAACUAUGCAAACCGCUGUCACGGGGGCCCAGCCUGAGCCUGCAAGGACGUUCCUGCCUGGGGAGCCGCCCCCACAUAGCCCUGGGAGCCUGGAGGGGCCUGGGCUACUCUCAGGGGCCAGGGAGACCGCACCAGACCUUGCUGCCACACCCCACCCUGCCAAGCAGGGACCUCAGGGGAAGGCAGAGGACCCCAGCCCACUUGAAGGGCUGCAAGAACUGCAAUUUGGGGCCCUUCUUGAGGGAGAGGGCCCCAAGGCCAAUGGCCAGGCUAAUUCUACUCAGGGAGGGGCACAAGAGGAAAGGACCAGGGAGAAAGGGUCACAGGGGCCCCUAUUGGGAGUCUCUCCGCAAGCCCCAGAGCAGCAAGCAGGGAGCCCACAUGCCCUGGAUGAGGACAAGGAAGGUAUACGGCAGGCCCCAGAGGAGGCCCCACUGCAGGAGGAGGCCAAGCUGGAGGAGAAGAGCAUCGGGGACUCAGAGGAAGACCGGGGGGCUUCCAGCAGCGGCCACCCACUCAGGGCACUGCCAGGCCUGGAUGCCUUGGUGGCCGCUACCAUGGACCUUGGGGACCUGCCUAGCAUUGACAUGCCGGAUCCUCAGCCCUUGAUGGCCUCUGGGCCCCCCAGCGUGGCCCCUCUGCCCCACAGCUCAGGAAUUCACGGGAUUGCCCUGCUCAGCGAGCUGGCGGACCUGGAGAUCCAGCGGCAGAGGAGUGAGCUGGCCACACAAGCAGAAGAUGAGGAUUUGCUGGCCUUCAACCUGCAGCACCUGGCCACACUGGCCACAGCCUGGUCCCUGGUGGAGGCCGCCAGCCUGGACAGCACAGUGGCCUCAGCCCAGCCCCCAGCUGCCAACCCUCAUGGUGGCCCCAGGCUCACACCCCGCAUGCAAAUCCUACAGCGCAAGGAUACCUGGACCCCCAAGACCAAGCCUGUAUGCCCCCUGAAGGCUGCCAUUGACCAGCUGGACACCCAGGAGGUGGAGAUGCGUAUGCAGCUGGCAGAGCUGCAGCGGCGCUACAAGGAGAAGCAGCGGGAGCUGGCUCGCCUGCAGCGCAGACAUGACCAUGAGAGAGAGGAGAGUUCCCGCAGCAGCCCAGCUCGGCGGGGGCCUGGCCGGCCAAGGAAGCGCAAACACUCCAGCUCACUGCCUACCCUGAGGCCUGGGAGCCAGCUCGCCAGGAGCGAUGGCAAGAAAGCCAAGGCAGUGCGGGCCAGCUUGAGUCUGCUGUGCGCAGAGCUUCGAGGCAGUGACGAGCCCAUAAAGAAGCGGAACAAACUGGAAAAGAGCGUCUACAUGGGCCUGCAGACAGCCUCUGCGGAGAAGGUGCGGUGUAAGAAAAGCAACAGCCAGGGCGAGCUGGCGUCCUCGGUGACCCAGCUGAAGCCGAAGGUCAAGAGCACGGGGCUGUCUGCCAGCCUCAAUCCCUUCCCGCGGAAGGAGGCUGCCCCAGGUGGGCGCAUCCGGAAGAAGCUGUCCCGAACCAAGAAUGCCAAGGUGUCUGGGGCAGCCCGGCACCCACAGCCUGAUGGUGAUGGUGGCAGGGAGAUGUCCAAGUUCCCGGCCCAGCCAGCAAUAACGGUGGCACAUGAGGCAGGCAGCGGCUCUGACAGCGAGGACUGCCAGGCUCUCCUGGGGACAGAGGCAUCCUCCAAAGAUCCUGGACUGGUGCUGCACCCUGGGGCUGGCAUGGCCAUACUGGGGCCCUCGCCCUCCUCCGUGGUCAAGAUGGAAGCCAACCAGAAGGCCAAGAAAAAGAAGGAGAGGCAGGGCUUGCUAGGGGCCUGCCACCUGUCUAGCCCUGAGAGCGAGGUCAAAAUCAAGAGGAGGGCAGUGAAGGCCAAGGUGGGCGCCAAGCUAGAGCGGGUCCCAGGGCGGCGGCCCCCAGGUGCACCGGGCAAGAAGAAAACCAAGGGCAAGGCCAAAGGCAACCUGAGGGCAGAGCCAGGGGCUGCCUCCAGCAGGGACACUCUCUUCAGCCCCACCCGGGCCUUCACCUGCCACGAAGAAGGCAGCAAACUGGCCAGCGAGCGCCUCAAGAGAGCCACACGCAAGAGCACCAUGCUGCAGCCGGUGCUGCGGAGGAAGAACGGAGCCCUGUCUAUCACCCUGUCAGCCCGCAAUGCUAAGGCCAUCCUGGGGAAGGGCAGGAAGCUGGGCAAGGUGAAGAGCAAGACCAUCGGCAAGCAGGGUCAAGGCCGGGCUGUGAGCCGACUGCUAGAGAGCUUUGCCGUGGAAGACGACUUCACCUUCGACCAUGAUAGCAGCUUCUCAGAGGAGGAGGAAGAAGAGGAGGAGGAAGAGGCAUCCAGGGGCUUACUGAACGCCGAGCAGAGUGCUGCUCUGGCACGCUCCUGUACCAUCCACAAAGAAGACCUGCAGGACGGGCUGCCCGUGCUCAUCCCCAAGGAGGACAGCCUGCUGUAUGCCGGCAGUGUCAGGACCCUGCAGCCCCCUGACAUUUACAGCAUUGUUAUUGAGGGUGAGAGAGGCAACCGGCCCCGUAUCUACUCUCUGGAGCAGCUCCUGCAGGAGGCGGUUCUUGAUGUCCGGCCACAGUCCAGCCGAUACCUCCCACCUGGCACCCGGGUCUGUGCCUACUGGAGCCAGAAGUCUCGUUGCCUGUACCCGGGCAAUGUGGUCCGAGGUGCCUCCAGCGAUGAGGAGGAGGACCUGGACUCUGUGCUCGUAGAGUUUGAUGAUGGGGACACAGGCCACAUCGCUGUCUCUAACAUUAGACUGCUGCCUCCAGACUUCAAAAUUCAGUGUACAGAGCCCUCGCCAGCUCUGCUGGUGUCCAGCAGCUGCCGGCGAACCAAGAAAGCAUCCAGUGAGGCCCCCCCACCGAUUGAAGCCCCUACCCCCAACCUGUCCCCUAAAGCGCAAGACAGCCCCGAAGCAUCAAAGACUUCUGGGAAGAAAUCUGUCAGCAAAGACAAAGCUGGUAUUUGGACCACCAAGACCCUGGGGCAAGGGAGAGCCGCUCUGGGCAAAGCUGACCUCCUAACCUCAGGUGCCAAAUCCGCCUCGGGGGCCUCAGACCACUUCCUAGGCCGCCGGGGGAGCCCCCUGCUCAGCUGGUCAGCAGUGGCGCAGACCAAACGGAAGGCAGUGGCUGCAGCAGCAGUGGGCGGCAAAGGGCCAGGGGCACUGCAGAACCUCUUCCAGCUCAAUGGCAGUGCCAAGAAGCUGCGGGCCCGGGAGGCCCUGUUCCCCGUGCACAGCAUGGCUGCGCCUGUGUUUGGCAACGGUUUCCGUGCGGACUCCUUCAGCAGCCUGGCCCGGUCCUAUGCACCCUUCGUUGGCGGGACUGGGUCAGGCCUGUCUGGGGGCACCCACAAGCUGCUACGGGCCAAGAAAGCUGACCGAGUAGAGGCUGAGAAAGCCGGGCGGCGCAGGGCAGGCAGUGAAUUCCUGGUCAAGCUGGACCAUGAGGGUGUGACCUCCCCCAAGAACAAAAGCUGCAAGGGGUUGCUUGUGGGUGACAAGGACUUCAGCCCCAAGCUGGGGCGACCCCUCCCUAGCCCCAGCUACGCACACCCAGCCCUCAUGGGCAAGGACAAGAAGGGGCGGGCACCUGUCCACCCGCUGCCCAUGGGGCUGGCACUGCGCAAGUACACAGGCCAGGCCGAGUACCCCUUGCCCUGCGACAGUGACUGCCCCAGCUCCUACUCAGAUGAGGAUGAGGAUGGGCCAGAGCUGGCAGCUGGCGUGCCCUCCCGCUUCCUCACCCGCCUGUCCAUGUCCUCCUCCUCCUCCGGCUCAUCCACCACCUCCUCCUCGGGUUCCGUGUCCACCUCCAGCCUCUGCUCCUCAGACAACGAGGACUCCUCCGACAGUUCAGAUGAUGAGGACCCAGCCCUGCUGCUGCAGACCUGUCUCACCCACCCCGUUCCUGCCCUUCUGGCCCAGCCCGAGACCCUACGCUCCAAGGGGGGCAGCCCCCACACCCAUGCCCAGCGCUGCUUCUUGUCCAGGGCCGCAGUGGCAAGUGCAGGCACCGGCCCCAGUGUUGGCAAGUCCAAGCUCAAGUGCAAGGAGGCCCUGAGCUUCUCCAAAGCCAAAGAGCUUUCCCGGAGGCAGCGGCUGCCCUCCGUGGAGAACCGGCCAAAGAUCUCGGCCUUCCUGCCUGCCCGGCAGCUGUGGAAAUGGUCGGGGAACCCCACACAGCGGCGGGGCAUGAAGGGCAAGGCCAGGAAGCUGUUCUACAAGGCCAUCGUCCGGGGCAAGGAGACGCUGCGCAUUGGGGACUGUGCCGUCUUCCUGUCAGCUGGGCGGCCCAAUCUGCCCUACAUUGGCCGCAUCGAGAGCAUGUGGGAGUCCUGGGGCAGCAAUAUGGUGGUGAAGGUCAAGUGGUUCUACCACCCGGAGGAGACAAAGCUGGGGAAGCGGCAGAGCGAUGGAAAGAAUGCGUUGUACCAGUCCUGCCACGAGGACGAAAAUGACGUGCAGACCAUCUCCCACAAGUGCCAGGUUGUGGGCCGCGAGCAGUAUGAGCAGAUGACCCGAGGCCGCAAGCAUCAGGACCGGCAGGACCUCUACUACCUGGCGGGCACCUAUGACCCCACCACUGGGCGCCUGGUGACAGCGGAGGGUGUGCCUGUGCUGUGCUGAGCCACCACCCACCUCCCACCCUCCCUGGGCCUGCGUGUGCAGGUGGGGCCAAGCCAGGGGUAAGUCUGAGAAAAUAUGCAACCCCUCCAAGGCAAGAUCGGGCUUUUCCACAACUUUCCCUGGAAAGAGCGCUCUUGGUGUGGACUCAGUCCCAUCCUGUCUUCCUUGGAGGGUCGGGCCGGCCAUCGCGGCCCCAGCUGCUCUGUUUUCCCACGUCGCAGUUCUCAAGAGAUUAGAACCCAAGCCAUAUUUCCCUAGUACCUCUGACUGUCUCCCACCAGGGGAAAGCAGAAAUCAGGUGUGUUGUCUAUUUAUUUCUCUAUGUAAAUAUUGUAUUUCCGUGGGGAAAUUUUAUGGAAAAAAAGUGGAAAGGAUUUUUCCCCACCCACAUGAUGGUGUGUAUGCGUGUUCGCACACAUGUGUAUGUGUGUGUGUGUGUGUGUGUGUGUGUGUGUGUGUGCAGCAAUUUUGUUCUGGAGUUAUCUUUGGAAAUGCACUGUUCUCCUCAGCCUAGCUGAGUCCCCAUGGGGGCAUCUGUGAUGACAGAGGCAGCUCAGGUGGGGCAGGGGCCAAAGGCCAUAGGAUGACUGGGGGGACCUUGCUGCACCCCGCAGCCUCUGGGGGCCCACUGCAAAGUGAAAGUCACACUCGAGUUUACUUCCUUUCCAGCCAUCUAGUACUGGGCUUGGGGGUAGUGAUACGCAUCCCCGAGGGAAGGGACUCUAAGACAAGAUGGAAGCCAGUAUCACCCUGUCCCCGAGCUCUGGGAAGGACUGCAACCAUGUGUAUCUUACCUCUACUUAAGACAAAAACGAACAAAUAUUUUAUCAGUAAGAAAAAGUGAUGUUUUGAUCUUAUUUCCGAAGUAUUCCAGUUAUUUCUGAUUUCUGUUUCCUCAGCCAGUUUGGCCCUGCAGAGCAGUUGGGCCCCUAACCCCUGUGCCCCAUGCCCCCAUCUGAGUGCCCUUCACCUCCUUCCCUUUCCAGAGAGCAGCAGGGCUGCAGUGACAGGGUGGCUGGACCAGCCCCCUCUGGGCUGGGGCUGGACCGCAGUCCCCCCAUCCCCUCCACACCACUGGACAAUGGCUGUAAAACAUCCCUUCCUUCCUGACCUCUUCCCCAGUGCCUUGCUGUCUCUGGUGACCUCACCGGCCUGCUCCAGAGGCCCUGGGAAGGGAGAGGGGCCCUCAGACCCUCUGCCCACCCACCCCUGGACUUUGCUGAGCCUUCCCUGCAGCCACUCAGCAGGAUAAUGGCCUGGCCUCCUGACCUCCCGAGAGCCCAGGAGAGGCCGGCACCCUCCUGUCCUUCAGACAGACAGAGCAGGCCAGACCUACCACCCAGAGAACUCCACAUCCCACCCCAGGAGCCCGCUGCUCUAGGGGAGCUGUAGGGAAGCCCCCAGGAUGCUAGAGGUGUCCUGGGCACCUCACACCCCACUGGAGCCCUCUAACCCCCAUUCUUUGCUCUUGCUAGUCAAGAACACACCCCAUCCCUGGGGCCUUGUUUCCCCCAACUGCUGCCCAGCCCCCCAAGGGCUCUUCCUGGUGGCUCCGCUGGACACCCUUCCAUGGAUGGGGAGAGGUGUGUGUGAUAAGGACCCCCUUAUACCCACUCCAAAUCUGCCCGGUUUCCCACUCGAGUGCAAUAUUUCAUUCCUGGCAGUCGCCUGGGGAGAUGGCCCUCGGGUGCUCCUCAUAGCUUAGGAACCAGAAAGUUAUCAAGGGGAGGAAAAGGCCUGGCUGCCGGGCCUGGAACUUGGGCUGGUCAAGCCUGUGCACAGGAACAAGAAGCCUCUUUCCUUGGCUGCCUCUUUACCCUCAGCCAGGCUUUCUCCUUUGUCUGUAUUUCUUUCUCUUUUUCUUUCCUUUCUGUGUGUGUGUGAGUGGUGUGACCCCUCCCCUUCUCUGUGGUUAAACGUGGCGAAAGCACGAUUCUUGUAAAUGUGUAAACUAAGAGGAUGGUUGGAUUUUUUUUUCAAUGUAAACACUAAAAACAAACAAAACACAAAGGUUUUAUGAACACCAAACUCUAUGUAAAUGCAUUUUAGUAUUAAAUUUUUUAUUGAUAACUUGCUUAAGAAUAAAUAUAUGAACUAUUGUACAGGUUCUCAGUGGUCCA